AUGCUGAUCCCCCCGCGGCGCAUCGACUGGCGCUUCUUCAUGCUCACGACGGGCUUCUCGGCCUCGACGAACCAGCUCGCCUACGACUGGACGGGCCAGUCCAUCUACCAGCGCGUGCAGUCGCGCUUCGCGCGCAUGUUCCCCACGGCCCUGCCCGAGCAGGCCCAGCGCACCAAGCAGCUGCUCCGCGAGGAGCGCAUGCGUCGCGAGGGGCUGACGGAGGAGCAGAUGCGCGCCAUCGAGUACAAGAAGCGCAAUCUCGCGCAGCGGCUGUGGUACGGCAGCGAGCCCGAGGAUUGGGACGCCAAGAGGGGUGCCGAGCACGCCAAGGCGCUGGCUGAGGGCAAAGGGCUGGGCGACUUGAUCGUGGAGCAGGUUUCCGAGGUCUGGAGCGGCGCGAAGAAGGACGAGGGCAAGAAGGAGGGUGAGGACGGCAACGAGAAGAAGGCGUGA